GGAAGGAAAGUAGAUAGGCUGGGGCUAGGGUGUGGCCUUAAUUUAAUAUCCCCGUGCAGGGCUGGAUGCCACCAUCAUCAUGGACACUGCUGGGUAUAACAAGUUUGGCUCUGCAAUUGAAGAGGUCCCUAGAGCUGGGACGCUGGGAGUACUACAAACAAAGGCUUUUCUUCCUGGUCUUGGCUCUCCUGAUGGCCACAGUGCUAUGGGCUCUCAUUCUGAGCACCCUAUUGUCUAAGGCCUCCAGGGAACGCGCAGCACUGCUCAGCAACCAGGACCUGCUGAGGACAAAUGCCUCAGAGCAGAAGUUGAUGUUGAGUGCCCUGAAGGAGGACGUCGGAACCUGCGGAAACUGCUGCUCCAUGACGAAAGCCCAGCUGCAAACCACACUCACCGAGUUUAAGGACACACGGGCAAAGCUGAUGGAGCAACAGAGCACCCUUAAAGAACUGCAAGAUCGUGUGAUCCAGGACUUGGCUAAAGCAGGCAGAGACCGUGAGAACAUCCGCAGUGAGCUGUUCCGGGCACUGGAAGCUGUCAAGCACGGGAACAGCUCCUGUGAGCUGUGCCCACCAUCAUGGCUACUCUUCCAAGGCUCCUGCUACUAUUUCUCUGAGACUCAGGCCGUGUGGGACACGGCACAGAGCCACUGUGCAGGCCAAGGUGCCCACCUGGUGAUUGUCAGCAACCUGGACGAGCAGGGCUUUCUGAGUCAGCACACACGUGGCCGAGGCUAUUGGUUGGGUCUGAGAGCAAUCCGCCACCUCGGCAAGAUUCAAGGCUACCAGUGGGUGGAUGGAAUCUCACUCACCUUCAGCCACUGGAACUCUGGCGAGCCCAAUGAUUCCAGAGGUCAGGAGGACUGUAUCAUGAUGCUACACUCAGGGCUAUGGAAUGACGCGCCGUGUGCCAAUGAGAGAGACGGCUGGAUCUGUGAGAAGAGGAGCAGCUGCUGACACCACCCAGUGUCCCAGGACCACGCCCACUGCCUCAGAGUGAAUCACAACUGUGGCUCCUGUGCCUUGGGCCCACUAUCAGGGCUUUGUUU